AUGACAGAAGAAUUAAAAGAUAUAGAUUCAUUUUUGAAUGAAUUAAAUAUUUUAGAAACAAAUAAUAGUAAUGAAAAACCAAAUAAAAAUUUAAAUAAACAACAAAAUACAAACGAAUCAGUCGAUUUACCAAAUUGGUGGGUAAAUCCAAUAACAUUAACAUCACAACCCGAAAUCACACCCAUACAACCAAAAAAUAAUUUCAAUGUUGAUAAAAUUUUAGAAAAUUUAAAUUUAAAAUACUUAAAUUUUGAUAAUAAUGAUCAAUAUAAUAAUAAUAAUAAUAAUAAUGGUAAUAGUAUUGAUAGUAAUAAUAAUGAUUAUUUAGUUUGGCCAAGACAAAUUAAUACAGAUAAUUGGAAUUAUAAAUUAUUAAUUGAAAGAGAAUUAUCAAUACCAUGUUCAACUGUAGAGUUAGUUAUUGAUAAAAUUCAUUAUCAAAUUUCAAUUACAAAUUACAGAGAGGUAUUCAUAAAUACAGAUAUUAAUUCAAGUAACUCAACAUCAUUAGACAGACCAUGGAGUCAAAGUCCAGCCGGUACAUCAAAAGAUUAUUUUCAUCGUGGUAACACAUCAAAUUUACCAUUUCUUCCAGGUGGUGUUAAACCUUCAAUGCAAUCAAAUUUAACAACAAUUGGUGAAUUACGUGAUAAAUUUGAUUGGGUACAAUUUUGGCACUCGAAAUCACUCUUGACAACUCCUCCAGGUUUAGACAAUGGUAUUUUAGACUUUACAAAAUCUUUACAAGAGCAACAAGAAGAAGCAGGUAAUGAAGAUGACGACACUGUAAGCUUUAAUUAUACAUUAAAAGAUUUGGAAAAAGAAAUUGAACAACAAUUAAAAUUAGAAGAAAAUGAAGAAAACCAAUCAAUUGAAAGUCAAGAUAGUGAUCUAAAUGAAGAGGAUGAGGUUGAUGAGUCUAUUGCCAAUCAAGACCAAGUCGGUGAAAUCAAUGAAAAACAAGAUAUUGAUAAUUUAAUCGAUGUAGAAAAAGAUAAUACCAAGCAACAACCAGAAGAAGAAGAAAAAGAAGAUUCUAAAGGGUCUGCCGAAAGACAAUGGGGUUUCGAGGACAAGAAAGAAAUUUUAUCACCAUUAUCAGAUUUAAUUGCAAACCCAGCUAUUGAAUACCCAUUCGAAUUAGACUCUUUCCAAAAGCAAGCUAUUUUACAUAUGGAGCAAGGCGACUCUGUAUUUAUUACUGCACAUACCUCUGCUGGUAAAACCGUUAUCGCUGAAUAUGCUAUUGCCAUGGCCGCUAAAAAUAUGACAAGAGCAAUCUAUACCUCACCCAUCAAAGCAUUAUCGAAUCAAAAGUUUAGAGAUUUCAAAAAUACAUUUAAUGAUGUUGGUUUAAUUACUGGUGAUGUUUCAAUUAGUCCUGCUAGUAGCUGUUUGGUAUUAACUACAGAAAUUCUUAGAUCUAUGCUCUAUAAAGGUGCCGAUUUAAUCCGUGAUAUAGAGUGGGUAAUCUUUGAUGAAGUCCAUUAUCUUAAUGAUUUAGAAAGAGGUGUAGUUUGGGAAGAAGUCAUUAUUAUGUUGCCACCUUAUGUCAAAAUGGUAUUCCUUUCUGCCACAGUUUCAAAUCCAUUAGAGUUUGCAAAUUGGAUUGGUAGAACCAAACAAAUCCCAAUCUAUGUCAUUGGUACCACCAAACGUCCAAUUCCAUUAGAGCACUACAUCCACACACCCUCCAAUGAAAUGUUCAAAAUUGUUGAUAGCACUAGAAAAUUCCUCCCAGGUGGUUAUAAUGAUGCUUUUAAUUCACUAUACAAAAACAAUUCAAAUAAACCAAAUCAACGUGGAGGCGGUGGUGGUGCAAGACAAGGUGGUUCAAAUAACAAUAGUUCCGGUUGGUCAAAAUUAAUUACAACUCUAAAAGAUAAACAGCAAUUACCAGUUAUUAUUUUCUCAUUCAGUAAAAACAAAUGUCAAGAAUAUGCAAGCUCUUUAGGUAGUACCAUUAAUUUGACACAAAGUAAUGAAAAAAGUCAAAUUCGUCAAUUUAUAGAACAAUCUUUAGGUAGACUUUGCGAAGAUGAUAAAACUUUACCACAAAUUUUACAAAUGAGAGAAUUAUUAGAGCGUGGUAUUGGUGUCCAUCAUGGUGGCUUAUUACCAAUCGUUAAGGAAUUGGUCGAAAUUUUAUUCUCAAAAAGUUUAGUUAAAGUACUCUUUGCUACUGAAACCUUUGCCAUGGGUGUAAACAUGCCUGCCAAAACCGUAGUUUAUAGUAAUACUAGAAAACAUGAUGGAAUUACAUUUAGAGAUCUUUUACCUGGUGAAUAUACUCAAAUGUCUGGUAGAGCUGGUCGUAGAGGUUUAGAUAAAGUUGGUACAGUUAUUAUAACUUAUUGGAAAGAUAUUCCAGAACAAGCAACCAUUGAAUCAAUGUUACUUGGUACACCAUCAAGAUUAAACAGUCAAUUUAGAUUAACCUAUAAUAUGAUUUUAAAUUUAUUACGUGUACCAGAUUUUAAAGUUGAAGAUAUGAUUAAACGUUCAUUUUCAGAAUUUAGCAGUCAACAAGAAAUUCCAGAUAUUGAAAAACAAAUUUCAAAACUUACAGAACAAUAUAAAUCAUUAGGCGAAAUUGAAUGUAUUUUAGGCGAGCCAGAUAUUGAAAAUUACUAUUCACUCUUUUCACAAUCUAAAAAUAUUAAUGAAAGAAUUCAAAAGACAAUCUUAAAUUUACCAAACUCAAAUCAUUUCUCACCUGGUAGAGUGUUAGUAUUAUCAAAUGAUGACGAAAUGAAAUACAACAGUUAUACCAUCGGUGUCAUCAUUCAAUGUAACACAGAAAUUAUUAAGCAAUAUACCAACAACCAAGUCAACAGAACAUUUAAAAUCUUUUCAUUAAAAUCAUCCUCAAACAAUGCAUUUGAAGGUCAUCAAAUCACAAUUUCAAAUGGUUCAGAUAUUAAAAAAGUUUGUGAUGAAAAGAUUAAGGUUGAUAUAAAGCUAAUCGAAUCUGCCGACCCAAUCGCAACCAACUCAUUAGAACAACAAUUGCAACGUAUUAUCGAAGAGUAUCCAUUACCAUUAGGUCCAAAAGCCAUUGAUCCAAUUCACCAAUUAAAGCUUAAAGAUGUAAAUUUCGUCACCACCUAUGAACAUUUAGAAAAAAUUGAAAAACUUAUACCACAAUCAAAAUGCCAUAAAUGUCCUAGAUUAGCAGAACACUACGAACUUACUGAAAAGAAACAUCAAUUACAAGAAGCCAUCAGAGAUUACAAGUAUACUGCUAGUGAUGAAAAUUUAAAACUUAUGCCACAAUUCAACAUUAGAUUAGAUAUCCUCAAAGAGUUGGGUUAUAUCGAUCAAGAUAAUUCAGUUACACUUAAGGGUAGAGUUAGUCGUGAAAUUAAUACUUGCGAAGAGUUGGUUCCAACAGAAUUAAUCUUUGAAAAUGCUUUUAUCUCUUUAGAACCAAGUGAAGUAGUAUCCGUACUCUCAUGUUUAAUCUUCCAAGAAAAGGACGCCCUUGAACCAAUUCUUACACCACGUUUAGAUGAAGCUAGAAAAAAACUCAUUGAAAUUGCCACCAAAACCUAUCAAGUCGAAUCAAAGAAUGGUCUAGAUGUAUCUCCAGAAGAAAAAUUAGAAACCACACUUAAAUUUGGUUUAAUGCAAGUAGUUUAUGAAUGGGCUAGAGGCACUCCAUUCAAUGAUAUUUGUAAAUUAACCAAUGUUUUAGAAGGUUCAAUCGUCAGAGCCAUAACAAGAAUUGGGGAAACCUGUCAAGAAGUAAGAAAUGCCGCUCGUGUUAUUGGUGAUACAAAACUAUUACAAAAAAUGGAAGAAGCCAUUAAAUUAAUUAAAAGAGAUAUUGUAUACACAUCAUCAUUAUAUGUUAAUUAA